GAGAGAGAGAGGGGGAGGGAAUGAGGGGGAUCCAGUCCCCCAAACCGGGACUCCUCGCUCUCCAAAGGCUGAAGAUGCGGGGAAAAGAGCGGAGCUUUCCCUGCCUGGCUCCGGGCUGCCCUGCCUCUCUCUCUCUCUCUCUCCUCUCUUGCUUUCCCGCUCUUUUUCCCCCGGCGCGCAAGGGGUUAACCUUCCCUCCCGCCCUCGUCGACGGCGCUGUCCACCAAUGCGGUGCUGAAAUGAGGCGCCGAGCCCUCCCUCGCUGCUCUGCCUUCCCUCCUCUCUCUCUCUGGCGCUGCCUUCAGCCCAAAGUCCUCUUGGCAAGUCCGAGCGAGGCUGCGUGCUCCCUUCCUCUCCCUCGCUUCUUCCCCGAUGCUUCCUCCUUGGCGAGGCGGCGGCGGGGGCGGCGGCGGGGCUCCCCGGCUGGCUCUGCUGCUGGCGGGGCUGGCCGGGUGCUGCCUGGCGGCGUCCCAGCUGCGCUACUCAGUGCCGGAGGAGCUGGAGCACGGCGCCUUCGUGGCCAACCUGGCCGAGGACCUGGGGCUGGACGUGGCGGCGCUGUCGGCGCGGCGGCUGCGCCUGGUCUCUCGGGCGGGGGCCAAGCAGCACCUGGAGGUCAACCUGGAGAACGGGAUCCUCUUCGUGAACGAGAAGGUGGACCGCGAGGAGCUGUGCGGGGCCCCGGGCGAGGGCGGAGAGGGCGAGGGCGGCGCCGGGGGCCAGCCCUGCCUCCUCCGCCUCCAGCUGGUGGUAGAGUCCCCGCUCGAGCUGUUCCGCGUGGAGGUGGAGGUGCUGGACAUCAACGACAACGCGCCGCGCUUCCCCUGGCCGGAGUUCGUGCUGGAGGUGGCGGAGUCGGCGCUGCCGGGGGCGCGCUUCCCCCUCGAGAGCGCGCACGACCCCGACGUGGGCCCCAACGGGCUACGCACUUACCGCCUGGGCCCCAACGAGGGCUUCUUCUCGCUGGCCGUGCAGGCGCGGCGCGACGGGAGCAAGUUCGCCGAGCUGGUGCUGGAGCGCGCCCUCGACCGCGAGGCCCGGCGCAGCCACCGCCUGCUGCUGACCGCGCUGGACGGCGGGCGGCCCGAGCGCUCGGGCACGGCGCGCGUCACCGUGGCUGUCCUCGACGCCAACGACAACGUCCCCGUCUUCGACCGGCCCUCUUACAGCGCUAGCUUGCCGGAGGACGCCCCGCCGGGGACGCUGGUGGUCCGGCUCAACGCCUCGGACGCCGACGAGGGCGCCAACGGAGAGGUGGAGUACGCCCUCAGCGGGCACGCGCCCCCGGCCGCGCGGGAGCUCUUCAGCGUGGAGCCCCGCGGAGGGCGCGUACGGCUCCGGGCCCCGCUGGACUACGAACGCGCCCCCAUGCACGAGCUCUUCGUCCAGGCCAAGGACCGGGGCCCCUCCGCCGUCGCUGUCCACUGCCGCGUCCUCGUCCAGCUCCUCGAUGUCAACGACAACGCGCCCGAGGUCACGCUCACCUCGCUGGCGGCGCCCGUGUUGGAGGACGCCCCGCCGGGCACCGUGGUCGCCGUCAUCAGCGUGCGCGACCGCGACUCCGGCGACAACGGGCGCGUGAGCUGCGAGAUCCCCGACGGGCUGCCUUUCCGGCUCCGUCCCUCCUUCCCGGACUACUACACGCUCGAGACGGCCGCCGAGCUGGACCGCGAGACGGUGGCGGAGUACAACGUGACAUUGACAGCGCGGGAUGCGGGAUCCCCAGCGCUGUCCACGCGGCGGACGCUCACGGUGCCGGUUUCGGACGUGAACGACAACGCGCCGCGCUUCCUCCAGCCCUCGUACCGUGUCUACGUGGCUGAGAACAACGCUCCGGGUGCCUCGUUGUGCUCUGUUUCGGCCCGCGACCCGGACGCCCAGCAGAAUGGCUACCUGUCCUACGCGCUGGCUGAGGGGCGCAUCCGGGGCAUGCCGGUGGGAACCUACCUCUCCGUUAACGCCGACAGCGGCCACGUCUAUGCUCUGCGCUCCCUCGACUAUGAACAGCUGCGCGACUUCCGAGUCCAGGUAGUAGCCCAGGACGCGGGCUUCCCUCCCCGGAGCGGCAACGCCACCCUCCACGUCUUCGUCCUGGACCAGAACGACAACGCGCCCGUCAUCGUGGCCCCCGCGCCCCGCAACAACGCCUCCUCCUCCGAAGCGGAGCUGGAGAUCCCACGCUCCGCCGAGGCCGGCUUCCUCGUGGGGAAAGUCUCCGCCCGCGACGCCGACUCCGGCCAGAACGCGCGGCUCUCUUUCCAGCUCGUGGGUGGGGGCGGCGAGGGCCUUUUCGGCGUGGCGCCCCACUCGGGAGAGAUCCGCACCUUGCGCGCCUUCCGCGAGGGAGACCCCGCGAGGCACCGUCUCCUCGUCCAAGUCCGCGACCACGGGCAGCCCUCGCUCUCCACCUCCGUGGCUUUGCUGCUCUCCCUGGUGGACGGCGACGCGGAAGAGACGGGCCACGAGCCCCGCGACGAGCCCGCCGAGGCUGCCUCCGCCCCGCCGCUCACGCUCUACCUCAUCGUCUCGCUGGGCUCCGUCUCCUUCACCUUCCUGGUCGCCAUCGUGGUGCUGGCCGCCGUCAAGUGCCGCAAGGAGCGGCUCAGCUUGGCCUGCGCGCUGGGGCCCUGCGCGGGGAGGAGGAGCGGGGCCGGAGAGGAAGGGGGGCCCCCGGAGCCCUUCAAGGGCGCCAACAACAACCAGGCCCCGCCCCCCAGCGCCCUGGAAGGGGAAGGCGGCGCGUCGGGGGCGCCCCCGGGCUACUGCUACAAGGUCUGCCUCACCCCGGAGUCGGCCAAGAGCGACUUCAUGUUCCUGAAGCCCUACAGCCCCAGCCCGCCCAGGAACAACCACAAACAGAAACUGGGGGGCCCCGAGAAGCAGCCGCCGCCUGGGAAGGGGUCCCGGGGCGCCCCCAGCAACCACAACCACAACACCAGUAGCACUGCGCAGGUGAAACAGCCCAACACGGACUGGUUGCCAUCUAAGCAAGCAACACUGAAGAGUUCGCAGAGCCUAGAGGAUGUAGGAGGAGUUCGUCGAGGAGUCCAGAAAGACCACGACCGGUUGCGGAACUUGGUUACUCCAGUCUCUGAUGCUACCCUUCUUGUUACAGAACUUCAAAAGACACCUGGGGCUCCCAGCAGUGUCUGGACCCCUCGAUAUGCCCCAAUGUACUCUCAGCAUAUUUCACCUCUGGAUUACCAACACAAUGUAUAUAUCCCAGGGACCCCAACCAUGCCUUCCAGCAAGGAUGGGCCCCUCUUCCUGGAACAGGAGGCCAAGAAUAGCUUCUCAACUUUUGGGAAGAGGAAGAAAAUGACCACCUAUUGCGAUAUACAUGACAACAUGAUUAUUAACAAUAACCUGAAAUAAUGCUUGCUCUUGAACAGUAAGGAGGUGCAGAUGGUGCCUGCGUUCUGUCUACAGUGAUGCUGGGGAUAGACUGAGAUUUGUGGUUUUAGCCGCCUACAUUUUUCUGCCCAGCACAAAUAGAUUGAUUGACAGAUCUUCACUACAAUCUGCCUUUCUUCAAAGUUUGGUGAACUGAGUAGGACUAUGAUACCAAGUCACCAGCUGUAAUGAAACUGGAGAUAACUUCAAACUGUGAAUAAACUGUUGCUCUUUGGAAAGAAACAAAAGUGAAAUGAAUGCAGGUCAAUUUCCCCCCCGUUUUGUUGGACAGGGCUUGUGGAUUCAUUGAGAUACCAUGUGGCUGGCCAUCCAAAGUUAAAUGAACCAUAUGUCUCACAUUUUGGAACAUUAUUAAGCUUGGGUGGAGUAGGGUUAGAAGAUGUGUGCCUGGAAAUCAAAGCAGCCAUAUUGUGUGUGCACAUUUCAGUCACUCAUUAGCAAGAGCUUCCUUUUGUAAUUGGUGUAGGUUUUCUCUUCUUGGUCUGUAUGAUAUUCCAAGUGAAUCUCUAUGUGUUUUCUCAUCUUUUUUUAGCAAACCAACAUGACUACAGUAUGAAAAAGCAAAGAAAAUACUCGAGUUAAACUCACAGGGAUUUAUACUUCUACAACAAAAAGGUUUUGCUUCUUUGCAAUGUGGGAAUAACUUCUUAGUGGGGAAGUAGUUAAUGUUGAGCACGCAAAUCGCCCACCUCCAAACCCCAUUUAUUUAACAUCUCACCUAAAGAUUAAGAAAUACAUUUUUUAAUCACACUUGCUUGUAUGUAAAGCAAAAUGUCACCAUGCUUGAAUGGGAGGGUUUUUUUCACUCUCACUUGACCUUAACUUUGUAAUUGGAAAUUAGCAGGUUCUGAAAGGUUUCAUUUUGUUUGGAACAGAGCUUAACAAUUAACAUUUAGUUGAAAAAGAGCAUCAACGCUCCCUCCAUACUUUCUUCUAAUCUGAGACACUGGUGUGCGUGUGGAUGACACAGAAUUCGGACUGCCAGGGAUCUUCUAAAUUCAACUCACUAGGUACGAACAAGACAGAUAAGAGAGAUGGGCCAAAACUAAAAAAAAUGAAGUUCAACAGGGAUAAAUGCAAGAUACUCCACUUAGGCAGAAAAAAUGAAAUGCAAAGAUACAGAAUGGGGGAUGCCUGGCUCAAGAGCAGUAUGUGUGAAAAAGAUCUUGGAGUCCUCGUGGACAACAAAUUAAACAUGAGCCAACAAUGUGAUGCAGCGGCAAAAAAAGCCAAUGGGAUUUUGGCCUGCGUCAAUAGGAGUCUAGUGUCUAGAUCCAGGGAAGUCAUGCUACCCCUCUAUUCUGCCUUGCUUAGACCACACCUAGAAUAUUGUGUCCAAUUCUGGGCACCACAAUUGAAGAGAGAUAUUGACAAGCUGGGAUGUGUCCAGAGGAGGGCAGCUAAAAUGAGCAAGGGUCUGGAGAACAAGCCCUAUGAGGAGCGGCUUAAAGAGCUGGGCAUGUUUAGCCUGAAGAAGAGAAGGUUGAGAGGAGACAUGAUAGCCAUGUAUAAAUAUGUGAGAGGAAGUCAUACGGAGGAGGGAGGGAGCUUGUUUUCUGCUGCCCUGGAGACUAGGAUGCGGAACAAUGGCUUCA